UUCCCUUCUCCCAACAUGGCGGAAAAAUCCGAAAAAGAGAAUCCAAUGCGAGAGCUGCGGAUCCGUAAGCUCUGCCUCAAUAUCUGCGUUGGUGAGAGUGGUGACAGGCUGACCAGGGCAGCCAAGGUCCUGGAGCAGCUCACCGGUCAGACUCCUGUCUUCUCUAAAGCUCGCUACACUGUCAGGUCUUUUGGUAUCAGGAGGAAUGAAAAGAUUGCUGUUCACUGUACAGUGAGAGGUGCUAAAGCAGAGGAGAUUCUGGAGAAAGGAUUAAAGGUCAGAGAAUAUGAACUGAGGAAAAACAACUUUUCUGACACCGGAAACUUUGGUUUCGGUAUCCAGGAACACAUUGAUCUGGGAAUUAAAUAUGACCCCAGCAUUGGAAUCUAUGGGUUGGACUUCUAUGUGGUCUUGGGUCGCCCAGGCUUCAGUAUUGCUGACAAGAAACGCAGAACAGGCAACAUUGGCGCAAAACACAGGAUUGGCAAAGAGGAAGCAAUGCGCUGGUUCCAACAAAAGUACGAUGGCAUCAUUCUCCCUGGAAAGUGAUCUGCUUCUGUUUCCAUAAUAUAUAAAUAAAACAAUUUGUCAAGAAA